ACCCAAGAUAAUGGAGCUCCAAAUGGAUAGAAGAUUCCACAACUUGACCCUGGAGCAAGUCCAGACUCUGGACCAGGUGUUGACAGAGGUGAUCCCCAUCCACGGCCGAGGGAACUUCCCCACCCUGGAGGUGAGACCCAUGGACAUCAUCCACGUAGUGAAGGACCGGCUGGUGGAGAGGGAGAUCAGGGUCAGGGACAUCCGCCUCAAUGGCUCCACCGCCAGCUAUGUGAUGGUCAGGGACAACGGUACGGGCUACAGAGACCUGGACAUCAUCUUUGGAGUGGAGCUGCCCAGACAGGAGGACUUCCAGGUUAUCAAGGAGGUGGUGCUGGGCAGCCUGCGAGACCUCCUUCCCCAUGGGGUCAACAGACGCAAGAUCACCUGCCUCACCAUGAAGGAGGCCUACGUACAGAAGAUGGUCAAGGUCUUCAAUGAGCACGACCGCUGGAGCCUAAUCUCACUGUCCAAUAACAGGGGUAAGACUGUGGGGCUCAGGUUCGUAAAUUCCCUGCGACGACAGUUUGAAUUCAGUGUGGACUCCUUCCAGAUUAUAUUGGACCAUAUGCUGGAGGCAUAUUGGGAGACUGAGAGGAGGCAAGAGGGUCAAUGUGAGGGAUUGGAGUCACACAAUGGCAAUGUGUUAUAUCCGGAUAGAGGGGCAGAGAAAACCAUAAUGGAACCCCAGUACCCUUCUGUGAAUCUAAAAGAAGAUAAAGACAAUGACUCAAUGAUGACACACUUCACUGACAGUCUGUGCCACAGUGAAGAGGUUAUUGUUCAAAAGGAAGAAUCAUCGCAUCUGAUGGAUGUGCAUGCAACUGGAAAGCAAGAGGAACAGGAAGUGUUAGCGAAAGCAGAGCUUGACCUGGGAUCUCUGGAGGAUGAGGAAGAGGUAGAAGAGGUGGUGGUGUUAACAGUUGAUACAGUAAAAAUACAAUUUGUUCAGAAUACAGAUUACCUCUCAGUUAUAUCCUCCAAAACAAUGACAGAAGAGAUGGAACCUCUGGUGCCAAAUACAUCUGUAGACCCUCAAAGUAACACAGAGGAGUCAUUGAUUUCUGAGUCAAAAGACAUCAAUCCAUCCCCCAUGUUGCUCACAGAGAACUCAGCACUGCAACAAGAGCAAGCUCAACUUCAGGUGAUACUUCAAUCCACAUCCCAAGACUGCACUGCUGUCACACAAAACGUACACCUUGAACAUUCAUUCCUUCCCCCAGCCAAGAAAACCUGUGACACAUCCCAGCAAGUUGUACCUGACUUUUGCCCCUCACCUAAAUCUCCAAGGAAGAUGUCACAAAAGAUGAGCAGCACUUCAUCACUCCCUGAAAAAUGGUCUUUGUUAAAAGAUCUGUCAGAUCUGACAACACAGCUGUUUGAGCCUAUAGAAAUACAACCAAAUCCCUCUUUAAUAGACACUGAUCAAGGCCAUUAUUCAUCAUCCUCAGGGUCCAGACAGAGGAACUCAGAGAGCACUAAAACACUCACAGAUCACCUUACUCCAGCUGUUUCAUCCCAAGAUAAAAACACAACACCCCACAACAUAGAAAAAAUAGUCAGGGUGAAAUACUCAAAAAAGCCUCCCAACUCAGAAGCUACUCAGGAAUCAGUGUCCCUUCAAACCACAGGGGACAGAGUCCCAGAGUCUGAGCCUGCUGCUGCUCAGGAACCAGGUCCACCAGAGACAACCACAGUCUUUCCAGGGCCAAGCUCGGCCUUAAAAGACGGGGUCAGCAUCACUGUGGUAGCAGAGUGCAUGUAUGGUGACUUUGAGCAAGCCAUGGAUCACCUGCGCUUCCGACUCAUUGCCACCCAUAACCCAGAGGAGAUCAGAGGAGGUGGACUUCUGAAGUACAGUGACCUGCUCGUGAGGAACUUCAGGCCAGCCAGUGAGACAGAGAUCAAGUCCCUUGAGCGUUACAUGUGCUCCCGCUUCUUUAUUGACUUUCCUGACCUCAGCGAGCAGCAGCGCAAAAUCGAGGCCUACCUGCGCUGCCACUUUAUUGGCGAUGAGGAGACGGGCAAAUAUGACUUUCUGAUGACCCUGCGUCGGGUGAUAGAUGAUAGUACAGUGUGCCUGAUGGGACAUGAGCGGAGGCAGACACUCAAUAUGAUCACUGUCCUGGCUCUGAGGGUGCUGGGGGAACAGAAUGCCAUUCCCAAUACUGCCAACAUCACCUGCUUCUACCAGCCUGCACCUUACAUGGCUGACCCCAUAUUCAGCAGCUACUACAUUCCCCAGGCAGCACAGCCUCCCCUCCUUUACCACCCCUACCCUUUACAUGUCCACAUGCAGACCGGCCUGGUGUAGGUCCCAGCAUGUGAGUGGGGGAGAGCAUGCGGGCUGUGUUCUAUGGUUCUACUCUGUAACCAGAGGCACAAAAUAGAUUUAAAAAAGAAAACAGGCUGCAUGAGCACAGUUUGUUAAAUGCUUUGAAAAGACACUGCCUAUGAAGUGAGAGACAGUGGACGCAGAAUAGGGAGGAUUGGAGUUCUUUAGAUAAAGGCCGGCAACCACGUCACCGUUACAUUUUUUGUUGUUCUUUUGAAUGGGAGAGAGAAUAGCUGUGAGGGAAAAUGUCAGAGGGAAAGAACCGUUUACAUGGCUGUUUUAGCUGCAUCAGCAGGGCAGGCAGGCAGGCAGGCAGGCUUUGGCCGUGUUCAAGAGCAUAAAAUCUGUGAUGCAUUGUGGGUAAAUGUUGACUGAAUGAUUUACAAAUAAUAAUGAGUAGGUAUUUAUGAUGCAAAAUUAGUUGUAGAUCAGUCAUCAGCACUGUCGGCUACAAUGUCAAACAAGUCCUAUGUCACCUUCCUGCGAUGGGGGAUCCUAGAUUGUCAAUUAAUGAGAAAGUUGUUUAACAUCACAGAAAUACUGUAUGAAGUGUAGACCGAGCGUUUCUUAUAUUAUUAACUGGGUGGUUCGAGUCCUGAAUGCUGAUUGGCUGACAGCCAUGGUAUAUCAGACUGUAUACCACAGGUAUG